GAUAGUACUAAGAGUGAAGCUUCCAAAUCAACAGUCAGUGUUCUCGAUGGUACUAAGACUGAGGCUUCCAAAUCAACAGUCAGUGUUCUCGAUGGUACUAAGAGUGAAGCUUCCAAAUCAACAGCCACUCACCUAAGUGAUUCUAACAAGUUUUACAAAAUGUUGAGAGAUGUUUUCGUGUACAUGUAUUCUAAGAUAGCCCUUUACUUCACAUUUGGUAAAUGUGUGACCCCUGAGCCGCAUGAUGUUCCUCACAAUGCCAAAAGAAGAGUGUCUAAAAAAGAGGAUAUUAUUUCUGAUGUAAACUAUGAUGCUGGAACAAAAAGAAAGGGGAAAACUAAAUAUAAAUCCUGGGAUGUACUAUACACGAAAAUCUCCCCAAAGAUAGGAUUUUCCAAUCUUACCAUUUUUAUCCAUCUCGACUUCUCUCUUGAAGAAUUUGAUACCUGUGUGCUUCAAAGUUCGCCUCAUGAUGCCAAUAAUGGAUAUAUCCGAUUGCUCAUAAAAUGGGACAGGAACCAAGCUAACGAUGAUGAUAAAUAUGGACAAUUAUAUGAAGCGUUUCAGGAAUCUGGCAGACAAGACCUUGCAGACAUUGUAUCGUGUGCUACAAUAUCACCUGUUGGAAAAAGAUCAUGAAACAAACCUAUAAGUGAA